AUGGGUGUGGAGGAGUCUGUCUACCUGGCAAAGCUUGCCGAGCAAGCUGAGCGAUAUGAAGAAAUGGUUGAGAACAUGAAGGUCGUUGCUUCUGCAGACCAGGAACUCUCUGUGGAAGAGCGAAAUCUUCUGUCUGUUGCCUACAAGAACGUCAUUGGUGCUCGCCGUGCCUCCUGGAGAAUUGUCACAUCCAUCGAGCAGAAGGAAGAAUCGAAAGGCAAUGAGGCUCAAGUCAAGCUCAUCAAGGAGUACCGCCAAACGAUCGAGAAGGAACUUGGCAAGAUUUGCGAAGACAUACUUGAAGUCCUUGACAAGCAUUUGAUUGCUUCUGCUCAAACCGGCGAAUCCAAGGUCUUCUAUCACAAGAUGAAGGGUGAUUAUCAUCGCUACCUCGCCGAAUUCGCGACCGCCGAUAAGCGAAAGGAAUCUGCCGACAAGUCCUUGGAGGCUUACAAGGCUGCUACCGAGGUUGCCCAAACCGAUCUCGCUCCCACUCACCCCAUCAGACUUGGUCUCGCCCUGAACUUCUCAGUCUUCUAUUACGAGAUCCUCAACUCUCCUGACCAAGCUUGCCAUCUUGCCAAGCAAGCCUUCGAUGAUGCUAUUGCCGAGCUUGAUACUCUCAGCGAGGAAAGCUACAAGGAUUCCACACUCAUCAUGCAACUGUUGAGAGACAACUUGACUCUCUGGACCUCAUCUGAGGCGGAGCCACAGGAAGCUGCGGGUCAAUCGAGCGAGCAGCCCAAGGCAACUGACGACACUGCUGCGCCAGAGCCUACCGCCGACAAGGCCGAGUAA